AUCUGUAAUUAGGACAAACCCACUUACUGUACUUUACAGGUUCGAAAUGUGGGUACAAAUUCCUUGUACGUGAAUCCUCGCGACCGGUUUUCUGGGAGAAAAUAUUAACGCCACAAUCACAUGUGUUGUUUAAACGAAGUCCUGAGGGUUAGUGUAGCAUAUAUCGUGAUUUGCAAUCGUGGAGAAGAAUAAUUGUAUUAUCAUUUACUUAUCGAAACCCUCAAUUAAAUCACUUUGUAGAGCUUUAAGUGUCGGUAGCAGGGACCUCUGCAUCGGAAACGCUUUGCAAUGCUUUUUGUUUCGCCACGACUUCAGCAACACUGUGCCACRAGACGAUACAAUACGCGUGUUCUCAGCGACAACAACAAAUCUGCACGCUACAAAUAAUWGCUAAUGGUGCUUACUCCGUUCAUAAACUUUCUCGUUAUCCAUUGUCACAAAAAUUAUYCAAGUGAAAUCAACUGAAUAAUGACGUCCGACGCCCGCCAUCGCCCACUGAAUCAGAAUCAGCAUCAGGAUUCUCCCAGUAUACGUUCACAAUAUAGUCCUCAACAGCAAGAGCAAGUUGACGWCGUCAGAAGUAACAUCAGCAUGAGCGACAACAAUUAUUGCUAUUCUACUCAUCCUGAUUKUCCUCGCCGAAUUGCUAUGAUAAGCACGAUACAACACCUCAAUAACAGAGCCUGUGUGCUCAUCGCGAUGAAAAACUUUUCGAAGGCCAACACUAUGUUGGAAACCGCCCUUGUAAUGCACAAACAAAUGGCURCUGUAGCCGGKGAAUCAUCGUCAUCCUCCUCCUGUUCAUGCUGUUGUGCAAACUCACGAGAUCCUACAAUUUCCAGUGACUAUUAUUGUGAUGACAAUAAUAUGCUCAUGUACGACUCAGAUUCGGAUUUGGAUUCGGACGAAGACGCCGAUUCCGAUUCCGAUUGGGACGAAGAAGGAGAUGAGUGCUUUAACUAUGACGGCGGCAGUGAAUGCUCAAAACGAACAGGAACAGAGACAUCCUUUUACAGCACGAACUACAACCAAGAACACUCUGACAACACCAACAAUAUCAAGAACGAACGCUUGCGUCGAAUGACCUCGUGUUCAAGAGUACGAACCUUUUCGUACACUGGACAACAAGACAAACUACGCUCCGCCCGAACGAUGGACCGAAUGAUGUACCAUCAAGUCUACAGCUUGCCAAUAGUCGCCAGUCAGUCUGAAUGGGAAGAUGCCRCUAUUGACGAUCGAUCCUUUGUUCUAAUAUUUAAUUCGGCGCUCUGCAACCAUCUUUGGGGGAUGCAAUUGCUUUCGCACAAUAUGCACACGCAAAACUUGCAUCGGCAACGGGAUCAUCGAUUGAUUUACCAACGAUCCUUUGAGAUUGCAAAAGUUCUCUACGAGUUGGCACUCGAAAACGUUUCAAGAAGUUGCCGGCGCCCACAACAGCGAAGCAACGACAGUGAUACCGGCGGGGGCAUAAUGGGAGUUGAUCGAGUGUGCUUUUCAGCUGUUUUCAACAAUGUCUCGCACGUCUGCAAGGUCCUGGGGGGAUACAACAACUGCGAGGUCUACAAGUACGACAACCUUUUGAUCAAGUCUAUUUAUUGGCUGAUCGAUUCUAACCCGAACAUUCAGAACAAUAUCACGUUCCACAACGAUGAUACAAAUAACAGGUCGAAUUCUGACAAUAACAGCAACAGCCAACAUCAUUAUUCGGAUUCCGCAACAACACUAGAUGCAAAUCAAAAUCGGCAACUUCUGCGAUCGAAUGCCUCUUCGAAUUCGAAUUACAAUCCUACCACAGCCGCAGCAUCAAGCAACAACAGCCGCGAUUACGACGAACAUUACGACGAGAGCGAAGCAGAGAUCAUCGAUGCUUUUCUUGAAAACGUUUUCUAUCUCGUGGGUGUUCCACAAGCAAUCGUCCCUGCCGCAGCAGCUUAAUGCCAACUUUUUACGCUAUCUAGAUCUAAUUUUAGUAACUAGCAACUGGGGAAUAUAACGCGUUUCGUAAC